AUUGCCUCUACAUUUAUAUAUAGCCAACAGCCAACAUAAAUAUCUUACCACUAAAAAUAUCUCAUACAUAUCCUACACUUUUUACAUCUCUCUCAAAAUGUAUCAUGAGCAUCACCUCCCUUGUUUGCAUUGCCAACCGCAAGAGUAUAUCAGGAUGGUUCAACAUUUGAUAGAGCGGUGCCUCCUUUUUCAUAUGAGUAGAGAUGACUGCAUCAAGGCACUGGAAAAGCAUGCUAACAUUCAACCUGUAAUCACUCUUGCAGUAUGGAGAGGGCUACUUAAAGAGAAUAAGGGCUUCUUCCAAGCAUAUUUUGAUGCUAUUUCUCCUGCCUUUAGCAGUAGAUUUCCUUGGAAAGAAUACAACAACUUCGGGAGAAGAAAGCAAUGGAAGUGAAAUCUCAGCAUCGAUCCUUUAACCAAAUGGCUGGUCCAUAUCCAAUUAGCAAAUCUAAUAAACAGAGUAAGAGCUGGAGACUUGUGUGCUGAUAUAGACAGCUGCAUAUAUUUAGUUGUAGACUCGACAGUUUGAGAUAAAUGGAGAAUUACUUCUCAAGCAUAUAAAGAUUUGUUCCAGUUAAUUCCUGUAUGUAUGUGGCUUGCUAAAAUCGAACAGUUUUACUAGUUAACAUUGGAGCGAGCAACAAAAUUCUUGCACUUCACCAUAUGUAAAUUUAUCCAACAAGGAAAAAUAAAAAACAGAAUUUCUACAUGCUUCA